CGGCGACUUCCGGACCACGGCCAGUGAGAGUUGCAACCGUCAUCGUGACGCUGAUCAAAGAUGUGGUUAGCAGCACUAGCCAUAGUGCUAGUGGUCUGCAUUUUACUCUACUUGGAUACAUUGAAACCAAAGAAUUUCCCUCCAGGCCCCAAGUGGGUUCCAGUCCUAGGAUGUGCUGCUGAAGUGGCGAAGCUUCGCGAGAAAACGGGAUACUUAUAUAAGGCUGUAAAAGAGCUUUCAAAAACUUACUGUACAAAUGGAGGUGCUCUAGGUCUUAAAAUCGGAAAAGAUAGAAUCGUCAUGGUUAACACUUUAGAGGCAAACAGAGAGAUGCUCGGUAAUGAAGAUUUAGAUGGUAGACCUAAAGGCAUAUUCUACCAGACUCGGACAUGGGGUGAGAGGCGAGGUGUUCUUUUAACAGAUGGAGAAUUGUGGAAGGAACAGAGACGUUUCUUAGUAAAACACCUAAAAGAAUUCGGCUUCGGUAGAAAAGGUAUGGGAAAUAUAGCAUGUUCUGAAGCUGCAUACAUGAUUAAUGAUUUAGCGGAAACACUUGGCAAUAACAAUGAAGGGGUAAUGCAGAUGCAUAACUUUUUUAAUACUUACAUAUUAAAUACACUAUGGUCGAUGAUGGCUGGUAUAAGAUACAAUCCAAAGGAGCCACAAAUGCAAGUCCUACAAAACCUUCUCUUUGAUUUAUUUUCCGCUGUUGAUAUGGUCGGGACUGCUUUCAGCCACUUUCCACUCCUAUGUAUCAUUGCUCCAACGACGUCUGGAUACAAAGACUUCGUCAAAACUCAUAAGAGGAUUUGGAAGUUUUUGCGGGACGAGAUCGCCAGUCACGAGGAACGAUUUGAUCCGGAUAAGGAAGAUAGAGAUUUCAUGGAUGUUUAUAUAAGAAUUUUGAGAGAGCAUGGAGAAGUUAAUACCUAUUCUAAGGGUCAGCUAGUUGCAAUGUGUAUGGAUAUGUUCAUGGCUGGUACUGAGACUACAAGCAAGAGCAUGAGCUUUGGCUUCAGCUACUUAGUACGAGAGCAAGAGGUGCAGAAAAAAGCUCAAAUGGAGAUCGACAGAGUCGUCGGUCGAGAUCGCAGGCCUUGUCUCGAUGACCGUGAUCAGAUGCCAUACAACAGUGCAAUAGUGCACGAGUGCGUCCGACACUUCAUGGGGCGCACUUUUGGGGUUCCACAUCGCGCCUUGAGGAACACCAAACUAGCUGGCUACAACAUUCCCGAGGACACGAUGAUAGUGUCGAACUUCACAAACAUAUUGUUGAACGACGACCUCUUUCCUGAUCCUUACGCGUUCAAACCCGAAAGGUUCCUGUGUGACGGGCAAGUCAAGUUGCCCGACUACUACUUCCCAUUCGGAAUGUGUAAGCACCGAUGUAUGGGCGACGUACUGGCUAAAUGCAACAUCUUUAUUUUCACCACGACAAUGCUGCAGAAGUUCUCCUUCUUACCAGCGCCUGGAGAACCCUUACCAUCAUUGGACCAUGUUGAUGGAGCCACGCCAGCCGCGGCGCCCUUCAAGGCUUUGGUAGUACCAAGAUAUUGAACUAAAUAUUGCCUUUAGUUUUAGUAUUUAGACUGAUUCAUUUAUAAAUUAUGACAUGCGACUGUUUCAUGUUGUAUAUUACUUAAUUAUAUGUAAAGAGUGUAAGAUUUUAGACGUACUUACCUAAUACAUUGGUUUAAAGCUUUAAUUUCAC